AUGUUUUUGGGCUUGAGAAGGGUGAGAUUCAACUUUGGUGCCGUUUUGGAGCAAUAUUAAUACUUGGUAAGACAAGAGGAAAUAGCUCAAGACGAGAGGUAAGUGAAUACGAUUGUCUAAUUUGAUAGGGUCAACGAUCAAUUGGUCUAGAGUCAUCAAUAAUGGCUACAAUACUCAAAAUUCCUAGAUGAAUUCAUUAGAAGAAAUCAUACACCCUAGCAAAGUCAAGUGUAAUAACCAUCUGCAAAGUAGUCAUCAUUCUUUAGCUCUUUGUUCGGGGGAUCUCAAACUGUUAGUAUAAGCUAGACUAAGCUAUAAUCGACUCAAGAGGAUCACAAUCGUCCAUUUGUAGGAUAGAUUUAGGGGUUGUAUGUUUUUGGCUCUCCAGGAUGUGGGAAGACUUAUAUCAUGGAUUUAUUUUACGAAUAAUGUCAAAUUCCCCAGAAGAAACGAAUCCAUUUCAACGAAUUUAUGCUUGACAUCCAGAAGGACUUACACAAGUGUUCUAGCAAAGAGGAUCCAGUGAAUAAGGUUGGUACUGCAAAAGCUAAAGAUAUAAGAUUAUUAUGUUUAGACGAGUUCUAAGUCACUGACAUUGGAGACGCUUUGAUUUUGAAGAGGUUAUUUGAGACCAUGAUCAGUAAUCAUAUGGUCUUAGUUGCAACAUCCAACAGACCUCCAGAAGACUUGUAUAAGGGAGGGUUAUAAAGACAUUUAUUUUUACCAUUUAUUCCAUUUUUAAAGCAAUCAUGCGUUAUUCACAAUAUGGACUCGUAAGUUGAUUAUAGAUACUCUUACUCUGAAGCUCAAAGUGAAAGGUUAUUAACAUAUAUUAGUCCUCUGGAUGAGAGUGCUGAACAGACUAUGAAGGGGAUUUUCAAAAGAAUUAGCAAAACGGACAAAUUUUAUGAAAAGGAAAUCGAAGUAAUUGAAGGAAGGAACUUCAAGGUGAAAAGACAAGCGAAUGGAGUAGCAUUAUUUGAUUACGAAGAAUUAUGUGAGGAUGUAGUAGGAGCAUCGGAUUUCAUAGCGUUAUGUAGGAAUUAUCAUACUAUUUGUCUAAAGGGAGUAAAACAGAUCAGUAUGAGUAAUCGAAAUGCUGCUAGAAGAUUUAUAUUAUUAAUUGAUGAAAUGUACAAUCACAAAACGAAAUUGUUUUGUUCUGCAGAAAGAGACUUGAUGAACCUCUUCAUUGUAAAGAACAAGGGAGAUCAAUACGACGAAGAGUUUGCUCUUGAAAGAUGUAGAUCUCGAUUGAAGGAAAUGCAAUCGAAAGAAUAUCUGGAGACUCCAUCAUAUUUUGAUUAGUAAAAAUAAUGA